UUGGCCGUCUCCGCUCGUGCGUUGGUCUGGUGCGUAAAGUCCGACCCGUGUGUCCGUCCGACGUCCGUGUAGUGCGUGCGCGUUCGCGUUGUGUUACGACGACAUUAAAAAAAAUAUUGAUAUUAAUAUUGUAACGACGGAUUUUUUUUUUUUUACCAUAAUAUCUUCGUCUCGUCCGUGUCGGUAUUUACAACGAAAUCCGUCGGUCGACAGUAAUAAUAAUAAUAUUGUCGAUACGGUUACGACAAAAAUAAUAUUAUUGUCGUUACAUAAUAAUAUUGUAAUUCGGGUAUCGGCCCGAAGACGACGGGUCAUGUGCCGCCGUCGGGUACCAUCGUCGCCACUGGCCACCUGCUGUCACCGUUGAAUAUCAUCGCCCGUCGCCGCCGCAGCCGCCGUUCUCGCGGGAGAUUUAAUAACUCUGUUGCCGCACGUUACAUUGCCACUCCAUAUUAUUUUAUUAUAAUAGCCAUCAUAUACAGCCACCUCAGCCGCCGCCACAAUAGAGAGACUGUGCCGUACACGCAAGGCAGACGCGGACGACCCGCGGGACCGGAAUGGUUCUCAGAAUGUACGCGACCAACGGCCACUGCCCGUUGGCUCUGUCGGCCGUCGUGUACGGAUCGGACAUCAGCCACUGACGGCGCGACCGCAACCGGCGGACAACGAUGGGCCCGUGGCAAUGGCUGACCACCGUGUUGUUGGUGGCCGGCGGAUUGACGGCGGCUGCGGCCGCGGCGGCGGUACCGGGCGAGGUCCGGUUCGCGGUCAUAGCGCCGGCCAAGGCGUACAAGAACGAUAACCAGGAGACGUUGGGCGCCAUUCUGCCGUCAGUGGACCUGGCCACGCAGGCCAUCGCCCAGCCCAACGGCAAGCUGCCCAACUGGAAGAUACACAUCGAGUACAGGAACGGCAAUUGUUCGUCCACCGACGGCCCGUUGGCGGCGUUCGAACUGCACACCAGGAGCGACGCUUUCCUGGGACCGGUGUGCGACUACGUGAUCGCCCCCGUGGCCAGGUACGCCGGCGUGUGGAAGAUGCCGGUGCUGACGGCUGGCGCCCAGGCCGAGAGCUUCUACUACCGCGAAGAGUACCCGACGCUCACCCGGAUGAUGGGCUCGUACAAGCUGGUCGGCGAGGCGCUCCGGCACAUACUGCACGUGUUCGGCUGGAAUGUGGCCGGGCUGCUGUACUACAACCACGGCGUCAACUCGCUGAUGGGACAUUCCAAAUGCCAUUUCACCCAGUCGGCUGUGUACUCGGCCCUGGGACAGAAGCCCGAGUACAAGAGCUUCAACGACACCGCCGACAAGACGGCGUUCAAAGAGCUCCUGACCGUGUUGUCGCACAGCGCCAGAAUUAUGGUGGUGUGUGCUAAUCCAUUGACAGUGAGAGAAAUACUGUUGGCUGCUGAAGAACUAAACAUGAUUGACAGUGGCGAAUACGUUUUCUUCAACAUUGAGCUAUUUAGCAGUAUGAACAACGGAUCCUUAACGCCGUGGUACGUGAGCAAUGAUACAGCCGAACGGAAUGAGAGGGCAAAAAAGGCGUACACGGCAUUGCUCACAGUGACGGCACGUACGCCCAACAACGACGCGUACCGAAACUUUUCUGUAGAAGUGAAACGUGUGGCGGAAGAAAAGUACAACUUCACGUUCGGAAACGAAUCGGUAUCGACGUUCGUGACAUCGUUUUACGACGCCGUUCUCCUAUACGGUCUGGCGCUGAACGAGACCCUAUCCAGGGGUGGCAAUAAGUCGGACGGGGCGGCAAUCGUUAAGGCCAUGUGGAAUAAAACGUUCACUGGCAUCACCGGCGACGUCAACAUCGACGCCAACGGCGACCGGAUUGCCGACUAUUCCCUGCUCGACAUGGAUCCCGCCACCAACGAGUUUAAGAUAGUGGCCAACUACAUUGGUGUGAAACAAUCGUUGGAGUACGUGCCUGGAAUGAGCAUUCAUUGGGCCGGCGGCAGGGAUCGUCCUCCCCCGGACACACCGACUUGCGGAUUUGACAACUCUCUGUGCAAAACUAUGCCCGGCUAUGCGAUUCUCAGCAUUGUCCUGAGCUCAGUGGUCGUUAUCUUGGCUAUAGCGUCAGCCCUUAUAUACAGGCACUACAAACUAGAAGCGGAAAUCGCAUCCAUGACGUGGAAAGUCAAUUACAACGACAUUAUAAGAGUGCCUCAAGAAAAAUGGAGAACGAGCAUGGCCAGUCUUAUCAGAAGGAACAGCCAGCGGACAGUCAUAUCGGACGACCUCAUGAGCCUAAUGAGCCAAUGCGAUUACGGACGCCAAAUAUUCAUACAAACAGCGUUCUACAAGGGAAACAAAGUGGCUCUAAAAACUUUGAAGAGAUCGCGAUUAGAAUUGACAAGACCGUUGCUGUUGGAAUUAAAAAGGCUAAAAGACUUACACCACGACCACUUGGUGCGGUUUUACGGUGCUUGUAUCGAACCCAAUUACUGUUGUCUGCUGACCGAGUACUGUCCCAAAGGAAGUCUACAAGACAUACUCGAAAACGACCAGUUCAAAUUAGACUGGAUGUUCCGGUACAGCUUGAUGCACGACAUUGUCAAAGGCAUGUGCUAUCUGCACAGUAGCGAACUACGGUCUCACGGUGGACUCAAGUCCAGCAACUGUGUGGUGGAUAGCAGGUUCGUGUUGAAAAUCGCCGAUUUCGGUCUGAGGAGUCUGCGCAACAGCCACGCCAACGAAUCAUCUAAUGACGACAGUGAUUCAUACGCGUACUGGAAAGGAUUUUUGUGGACGUGUCCUGAACUCUUACGGACUAGAAAUCCGCCUCCAGAAGGAACGCAAAAAGGAGACGUGUACUCGUUUGCCAUCAUAGUCCACGAAAUCGUCACCAGACAAGGGCCGUUCUAUUUGGGAAACGUCGAGCCGCUUUCGCCAAAAGAAAUCGUAGACAGCGUCAAAAGCCGAGAAAAAUGCCUAAGACCGAGCGUGGCAGACUUGAGCUGCGACGAAGAGGUGGGCGUAUUGAUGAAACGGUGUUGGACCGAAGACCCGGCAGACCGGCCUGACUUUACUACCCUCAAAGCUGUCAUACGCAAGUUGAACAAAGAUUACGAAAGCAACAAUAUACUAGACAAUUUGCUAUCUCGUAUGGAACAAUACGCCAACAACUUAGAGGCACUGGUCGAAGAAAGAACGGCAGAUUAUUUGGAAGAAAAAAGAAAGUGCGAAGAGUUGCUGUACCAGCUGCUGCCCAAGUCCGUGGCCAGUCAAUUGAUUCUAGGUCAAUCGGUAGUAGCUGAGACCUACGACAACGUGACCAUUUACUUCAGCGACAUCGUGGGUUUCACUUCGUUGAGCGCCGAAAGUACACCGCUCCAAGUCGUCGACUUGCUCAACGACCUCUACACGUGCUUUGACUCCAUCAUAGAAAAUUUCGACGUGUACAAGGUGGAGACCAUAGGAGAUGCUUAUAUGGUCGUGUCGGGGCUUCCUGUCCGAAACGGUAAUUUGCACGCCAGAGAGAUAGCCCGCAUGUCGUUGGCACUUCGGUCGGCCGUACACAGUUUCACCAUUAAGCACCGCCCGGACGACCAGCUCAAGCUACGCAUUGGCAUGCACACCGGACCGUGCGUCGCCGGAGUGGUUGGACUUAAAAUGCCCAGGUACUGUCUGUUCGGAGACACUGUCAACACGGCAUCCAGAAUGGAAUCCAACGGUCAAGCGUUGCGGAUUCACGUGAGCCCGCAAACAAAAGAGGUGCUAGACACAUUCGGCACGUUCGACUUGGAGCUCAGGGGUGAAAUCGAGAUGAAGGGUAAAGGUAAAGUAACAACGUAUUGGCUGCUUGGCGAAAAGACCCCGGCUGCCGAAAUGGCCACGGCUGCUGCUGUGGCCAACAACACGGCUGUGACCACGGGAGUGCCGAACGCCUUGCAAGGAUCUUUCAGCAAAAUGCACGCCAACAGCAACAGCGUAGGAUCUUCGUCGACCAAAUCGGUGGCCAACAGUAUUGCCAACCACAACAACAUAAGCGCGUCGACGCCAUUGUUGCAGGGCGACAACGGUUAGAUUCGAAUGUAAAUGGAAAAGUAAAUUAUCUACUAACAAAAUAAAAAAUACCCACCGUCUGUAUAAAAAUGUGUACUCGGCCCCGAAAACCCCGUUUAUAAUUAUCUAUCUUCGCUGACCCCAGUAGAGCCGAACAUCCACAAUAUAAUAAUUAACAUAUUUUAUAUUAGGUGCUCAACGCUCUAAAAACAAAAUUCAUCGUUAAAUUGUGUAAAUAAUCGCCUACUCUACUAUAUUAUAUACUUUAAAAACUAUAACAUUUAGGUACUAGAUCAGGUACCGUAUACAGUAACAGUAUUGACAAUUGACUUGAGGUUAAUUGUUAAUAUUCAAUUGUAAUAUAAUACAUAAUUUGUUUAUAUAACGCGGUGAUGAUUGCUGACCAUUUGUAUACAGCAUAAAACGACUGGAUUCGCAUGGGAAAAUAUCUAAUAAAAUGUGUACUUAGAUAAUUAUGAUAAUUUUGCUGUUACCUAUAAAAUGGUUACCAUAGGGUUGUCGAAAGUCCGUCGCUAUAUCCAGUGAAUGUAAUUCUCAGAGUAACCGCUAUUUUCGCGGCUAAGUCUUCAUAUAGCCGAUGUAGAACUUAUGAAUGUAUUGUAUAAAUACUGAAAUCGUCAUAAGAAAGCCAAACCGUUAAAAUAUUGUUAGCGAUGCCAAAGCAAGCGAUCGCCCUCCAUCUCAACCGUGUUCGACUAACCCGCUAAGGGUGAUUUUUCCGACUCUAUAAUAAAUAAUAUUUUCCACCUAAUAAACAUAUAGUUUCAAUUUAGUACUCAUAACGCAUAAUGUACACCGUUUUAGGUGUUUUCUUUUUUAGAUGGUCGGAUUGUUCUAUAUUUUGGCUUCGACUACUGUUUUUUAUUACUCAUUACAAUAGGAUAAUAAAUAUUGUAUAAAUUAUAAUAGUAUUUGACCGCACUUAAAAAAAAAUAUAUAUAUAUAUACACACACACAAAUAAAGUAUUAUUAAAACCAUUGAUCACUGUAGUUGGUGUUGUUCUACAUACAACUUGAAUAUUAUAAUAACAUUAUAGAAUGAAACUACCAAAUUUAUUUUUAUGUACCUAAACGUCGUUGAUAUAAUUUGAGAUGUUUAAUACAACAAUUUAAUACAUAAAUAUGUAUGUAUGUAUAUAAUUUUCAUUUGUCCUAAGUGUUUUGUGAUUUAAAAAUAUUUUAAUCUUAACGGUUUAAAAUAAUUAAUAGUUUAUGGAGAAUAUAUUAUAUAUUAUUUCGCCCCCCUACCCACUUUUACUAGACCUAGAACUUUAGACUGUUUAAUUAUUAUUAAUAGUGGAAGACCAAAUUGAUUUUUUGUUGUUAUCAGAUAUUAUUAGGUAUUAUUAACUACCCUUGUUAUAUAAUAUAUUAAUAUCCCCUGUCUGUGCCCACCAAGGUCUUCGACUGUUUACAUACCACUAAAUUAUGUAUUUUGUUGUACCUUUAUUUUAUAAUUUCUUUUUUUUUUAACUAAUUGAAAUAUACCUUUUAAAUAUUAACUGUAUUUAUUUAAGUGUAUAGUAUGUUGUCUUAAUAGAUUAGUGAUUGUAAUUAUUUUAUUAUUAAAAAUCCCAUACAUACCUACGUCUUGUGGCACUUUAAAACUAUUUAGGUAGGUAGGUACGUUUAAAACGAAAUUUGAUUGUGUAUAUUCGAUGUGAUUUUAGGUUAGGAGUAUUUCAAUUUUUAUUUUUCACCUUUUUUUUGUAAUUAUUGUAUCAAUAAAUUUGAAAUAUUAUAAUAUAAUACAUAAAUACAUUUGCGCGUGGAAACCGCAUUUUAUACCUAACCGAAGAAAAUAUUUAAAUGUUUAAAAUAAAUAAUAUUAAUUAGAACCGGCGCAACAAUUUAUUUUUUUAACACUUAUUCUAUGACAAUCACCAAAACAUUUAAAUCAUUAGAUGCAAUUUUUUUUUUGUAUUUUACUCUAUAGCCGAGCUGUAUAAUUUUUUUAUUUUUUUACCCGGUACCUGAUCAAUCAUAAUAUAUGUGUUUGUAAUUGAUAAAAAUCAAGGCGUAUAUAUAUAUAUAUAUAUAUAGAGGUAUCUCAUGAUCUCAUUUUCCCUCAUUAUUAAUUAUUAUAAUUAUUACUUUAAAAUUCGUAUUGAUUUACUUUUUAUUAUUAUUACUAUUAUUAGAAUUACGUUGUAUAUUAGCUUUAUUCUCUUUUUCGUGCAAAUUUAUCAGAUGUAAUACUUUAUUAUUAGUAUUAUUAUUUUUAUAUGCGAAAUUACACAUUUUAUUUCCUCCCAAACGGCAUUAUUUAGCUCGAUAACACAUACAUACAAUUGAUAUGAAUAAGCUAUUUUUUUUUUUAGUUUUAUAACAAUUUGUAUAAUAGGGAAAAAAUGUCACGUUAAUGUUGGUAAGUAUAAAGAUAGAGUAUAGAGUUAAAAUAAUAUAAUAUUAUAAUAAACGAGUAUUGUUGAAUUGUAUUUAAAAAAAAUAUAUAAAACCAGUCGACUUUGUUUGAAUAGAACAAUAGUAUGAUAUUAUCAUUGUAAUGUGUUGUAAAAUUAAUAGGUAUUAUCUAUAUAUUUAAUCGACGACGUUGUAAGAUGAAUUUUUCACGUGUAGUUGCAACGAUAAUAAUAAUAACAAUAAUAAUAAUAAUAAUACUAUUAUAUUAUACAUAUUGUACUAUACUAUAAUACUACAUGUUGUAUUAAAAUUAUUAUUGUAACCCGUACGGUUAAAACCAUAUAAAUCGGUGAGAAACGCUGGAGAAAAAAUUUAAAAAGGGUUGUAAAAUGUUUUACUAUAUUAUAUAAAAUGCGAUGCGGAAUUAUUGUUAAUGUUAUAAUAUUAUACAUUAAAAAAAUUAAUCUUAGAAGAAAAAAAAUUACCGAUAUUGUUUGUGUAUUAUUAUUAUUAUUAUUAUUAUAUGUGACCCGUCAAGUGUCGUUUGCCAUCGGAUGACAACGUACCUAUAUUUAUACAUUAUAUAUUAUUUGUAUAGUAUGUAUAAAUAAUUUGAUAUAAUAUAUAAUAAAUACAUAUAUAUAUAUAUAUAUAUAAUAAUAUAUAUAUAUAUAUUAUAAUAAUAUGUUAACAAAAAAAUACACGGCACGUGGCGAUUUAUAAGAAAACACAAUGCGACUACCGCAUUUUCAUAUUAAUAUACUUAAAGUGUAUUUUUUUUAAAGGAUUUUCAAUAAAAUUCUUUGCUUUAUUUUUAUUCUACUAUUAUAAUUAUUAUAAUAUUUAGCCAUGUUAAAUACCAGCAAAAGAGGGCAAAACGUACUUGUACUUAUCUAUAAUUGUUUUUGUUUAAUUUAAUUGUUUGUUAUGCUUUAACGAGCCCGCCUCGAACUCGGAUAUUAUGUUUUUAUUUAAAGACUUGGCGUUAGGGCGUGCGGAAAGAAGGAAAUUAUCCAAUUACUUAACUCUCUUAUGAAAAUAGCCAUAUUGGGUAUAAAUCGUCCCGUAUCCGACCGCAUAUUAUGCGUUCUAUAUUAUAAUAAAAAUUGUGUAUAUAAGCUAGUCUUUUACUUAUAUGAUAAUAAUAUAUAUCUAGAUGAUUUCAUUAAAACAUGUAUUAGAAUUACUGUA